AUGGUGGACCCCAAUCUGGAUGCAUUCCUUCAGGUCGCCUCAAGAAGGAGGAAUUUGCAUGGGAAAUGGGUUCCGGCACUCUACUGGGCUUUUCUUGUUGCCAAGGAACAAAAGAAAACAGAGCCAAUGGCACCAUCAGACUUCAAGGCAAUGAUAAACAGUAGUGGUCUGUUAGGGAGAAAUCUCACCUCGAAUGAUGCCGAUGGCAUUAUCAGGCUCCACACCAAUGACAAAAGGACAAAGUCACGGCGGGUAUCUCUUGGCGACACAAAGAAUGGAACCAAAUACAGGUACUUCCUUUGUGUGGAGACAAAAGAGAAGGCACCGCAAGCUAUUGGGAAAUCACAGGCCGAACGCAAGAAGAAUUACCAGGAUUGGUACGAGCAUUACUCAAAGUUUGUACCUGUCAAGCACCAACAAGAGGAGAGACCACAGCAGCAGCCUAGGACUGUGACUCCAACCAACUUGGACGAAGCACAGCAACCGAUAACCGAAGCGCCAACCGAACCGAGCGAGGAGACGGAAGAACCGGAACCAGAAUCCAUCUUGGGAGAUCCAUUAAACAGCGACCUCCUUGCCAUCUUUGACGGCCUUGUCAACCCAGAGUUCCUCAAUAGCCCAGACUUCUUUGUCGAGAAGGACGAGGACGAUGAUAUCGCCGACACACUCAGAGACCGGAUCCGGCGGCGAGGUAUAGAACUGCAGAAAGACAAGCAUAGGAAGCAAUAUGAGAUGUUAGAUAAAGAGAAUCCAUUAGCACAAGUAGACUGCAGCAAGCACGAACCUGCUCUUAGUAAGUUCUGUCUCCCAGCAAACAAGAGAGCUAUCCAGAGCGUUGUUCAAAUAGCAUUGAAGAUUGAAACCGAAACAGAUGGACUGGCUGGUCUGUUUCAGCUUCCCAAGUAUGGUGGUGGAGCAGGCAAAGGCCAUGGCCGUCGACUUGUUGCAAUCAUUCCUUCCGACAAAUACAAGACAUUUCAACACAACGCGAAGCAGUGGUUCCCGACAUUGCUUGAGGCACUCCCCGGCACAGAAGGAUCAUUGAUAGCCCCAAUCUUCACAACGUUCCAAGAAGAGGGCAAACUACGCCACGCUUGGACCCUCCCAGCCACAGCAGUCAUCGAACAAGAGAUCAAGAAGAACGAGUCCAUCCAAGAAGAUGAGCUCCACUUCCUCGUGGCAGCAGAUCAUGGACAACGGGCCAUGAGAUUCACCCUUGGAAUUCGCUUCAUCAAAGACGGCCAGGUUGUCAAAGAAGCAGACCAUCAGAUCGCCCACAUCGACUGCAGGAAGGAUAGUAGGCAAGUAAUGGAGGACAGCCAAGUCACAUCCAUGGUCAGCGGUGAGCUGAAGCAAGCUUUAACACUGUAUCCACACGCCACGAAUCUGUCAGAAGGAGACUUGGCUUGGCAGUCUGAUAGUGUCGGAAAGACCGGCAUGUCCGGCAAGCACUGUGCAAGGUGCAAUGCUCGACAUGAAACGCUCCAAGAUGAUCCACUGAAGAUAGGGGAGACGUGGACUCUUCAAACAUUGAAGGAGAAGCUUGAAAAGCUGCAGAAUGGAGAGCUGAAGAGAAGCAAAGCAGACGAAGCCAGAGGUGUGGUCGAUCCUCCCUUGCUCGAGAUUGAACCCGGUGACAUCUUGUUUCCUCCUCUCCACGCCAUCGACUUGCUUGCCAACACCGUCUUCGCCUAUCUUUUGAAGUGGAUCUUCUACAGAGCAGACUCAGUCCCAGAGGAGCUCAUGAAAGCUCGGGAAGAACGAGUUGCAAUGUCCAAGCUCGUCGAUGAAAGACACAAUGUGUGGUUGGAUGCCGAAUGGUUCUUCAAUGAAAUGGAACUUCAACUGGAGCAAUCCGUCCCAAUCGGUGGAGCGUUCAAGGAUGCCGAUGAGGAAAAGGACUUCGACGCUCAAGAGAAGACCGAGAACAUACUCAGACACAAGGAGACUGCUGCAGGUAAAGUGGUGCAAGACAUGCAUGCUGAUACCGAGUCCAAAAAGCAGAAACGGAAAAGGAACGAAGACAAGCAGAAAGAGAGUGAGGUAAAAGCCACCGAAAGACGAGACUACAUCAAGUCUAUUUCCUCCCUUCCACCCAUUGAUGACGACAUACCUUCGCUUGUGGAGCUGCGCAAGAAGAACAUGACCAAAGAGGAGGCUGAGAACUUGCAGAAUCAGUUCUUUGAAGAGAGACAGCAAAAAGAAGAUGAGGCAACGGAGAAGGCAGCCAAGAAGAAGGCCGCAGCCAAGAAGAAGGCGAACAAGAAGGCGGCAGCCAAGAAGGGAAAGCCAACAACGACGAAAGGCAAGAAGACACUUACCAAGAAGAAGACAACAACAAAGAAGACGGCAAGUGGCAGCAAGUAG